UGCCAUGCACUUCACGUUUGUUUGCACAGUAUGGAUGUAGAUGUAGAAAGGUAUGUGCAGGUAUUUUCAAGUUAGUGACCACCAAUUGUUUUAACGACACCCAUACGUCCCAUAUUUACUUACGCUCAACAGAGAUCCUGUUUAUCCAGUUUUCCAGUGAUCAUUGCAAUUUUCAAACUAAAUAUAAACUCUGAUUCUCAUAAGUUCACUGGCAUCAAAAACUGUAGUUAAUGGUCUAUUAAUUAAAGAGUGGGCUAAAAAGAGGGGAUUUCAAGCUGCUCUUCGCUCACUUUGAUUGAACUCACUUGCUACUGUACGAAAAGUAAUUUUUCACCAUGUUCCACAACUUGGAAUAAACUGGCCAUUGUCACAAUUUUGAAAGAUUCCUGAACUCCAUAGACGUUUGUUUUUGUUCUGAGAAAAAAACCUAAUAAAAAUAGCGUGGCAACUAUUCUCGCCAAUGACACGUGUAAUAAAAUAUGUAGGUCUCAUUUUUGAAAUACAUAUUACUCCCGUCUGUGUGUUUACAUCAGAGGACUAUAUCAAAGAUGAUGUAAGGGUGGGUGAGGUCGUACGCUGCUUCAAAAAAAUAAUAGUAGAGACGCCGGGUUUGCGAUUAUGUGCAGCAUAGGAAAGUGACAGUUGGAACGAUGGGGACAGUUUACGCAAAGGAACAGUUUAUUGAAAAGAACGAAUCGUUCGGGAGUGGUAAACCGAGACAUCUAAAUUUAGGAACCAACGACCAAGAAGCCGAAGAAUGCACAAGCGGUAAGAAGACAAUAAAGUUGGAAGGCAUACAGGCUCGAGUGGACAAAAUACAUGUUGAUGGAUUAAAUCGGACAAAAGAUGACAUAGUGGUGGAGACCGUGUCGGACUUGUUCAAGGCCCAAGACUUUCAGCAGGUGCUGCUAGGAGCACACAAAGUUCGUGAAAAACUUGACGCUCUGGGAUGCUUCCGCAACAUCGGUAUCUACAUCGAUAUAAGCAGCGGGCCAGGUGCUACUCCACAUGGACUUGAGGUAACAUUCCAUGUUCGUGAACUGAAACGUCUGAUGGGAGGAGUGAACACAAUGGUGGGGAACAACGAGGGAUCUCUGGUUGUCGGACUACGGGCACCUAAUCUGCUUGGUCGUGGGGAGAAAGUCAACUUCGAGUACAGAUACGGUUCCAAGAGAACGACUGGCAUCGAUAUUGCAUUUAGCAAGCCUCUUCGUGGAAAAUGGAGUCCAGUGUUUACAACAUCAGUCUUCCAGAGAGGUGCUGAAUGGCCACCAUCAGCGUACAAGCAAAUGGACCGGGGCAUUCUUCUCGAUCUUGCCUUCUCAUCUUCUUCAUUGAUACAGCACAACUUACAGUGGGAGGGUAAUUACCGUGAUCUAUCGUGUCUCACACGAGCUGCAGCAUUUGCUGUGCGAGAGCAAGCUGGUCCAACCCUCAAAUCGAGCAUUCGACAUAUUAUCACUGCUGACAGACGUGACGCUCCCAUAUUUCCAUCAAAAGGUGGACUGUUUCAGCUGAUAACAGAGUUUGCUGGACUCGGUGGUAACAUAGGGUUUCUGAAGAACGAGCUCAUGCUGCAGGCUAAUGUGCCUCUGUUGGAGGGAAUAGUUAUUCAGGGUGGAGUUCAAGGUGGACUGCUGACACACUUAGCUGGAGAUAAACAAGUGAGCAUCUGUGACAGGUUUUUCCUCGGUGGACCACUCAAUUUAAGAGGGUUUGAGCUUAGAGGAGCUGGUCCUCACUCUGAUGGGAAUGCCCUUGGUGCUGAUGUGUACUGGGCUGCAGCCGUGCAUUUGUACACUCCGCUACCUUUCAGGCCGGGCAAAGGCAGCCUGGGGGACCUGUUUCGCACACACGUAUUCUUCAAUUGUGGGAAUAUUGGAAACUUCAGGUUCACGGAGGAUUAUCAGCGCAACUUCGAGCAGUUGGCAAACAACUUGAGAUCAGCGUACGGACUCGGUGUGGCAUUGAGGAUAGGGCAGGUGGCUCGACUUGAGCUGAAUUACUGCAUACCAGUCCGCAUUGCUGCUGGGGAUCGACCGUGUUCUGGAGUGCAGUUUGGCGUCGGUGUAAAUUUCUUGUAGAAUAUGAUGUUGUUGUGACUCCUCUGUGGGGCAUUGUUGCAGCAGUGCGUGUACAAGCUCUUGAAAUAUAGUUUAGUUUCUGAGCUAUAACUGGUGUUAUAUUUUAUCCUGUGUUGAACUAUUACAAAUAAAUUGUUACUCCAUCA